AUGAUGCCGACGGAUUCAUCUUCCGCUUCCACUUCUUCUCCAUUUUCGACCAAUCCUUCUUCUUCUUCCCCCGAAGGUAUCAGCAAUAGCAAUGGUAGUGAAGGUUCUUCAAGCAAAAAUCAUCUGUUAGGUCAAGAAGGUUAUAGCAGAUCACCCCACGACGUGAUGAUAGAAAUGCAGUCUCUUUUGAGCGGCCUGUCAAGCACUUCAUCCUAUCCACAAAACCCACCAAUAUCGAGAUUCCCUCUCAAUCAUUUCCCUUCAUCAACACCUCAACUCGAUAUAAAACCUCGUAUACCUCCUGCACCUCCUGCACCUCACGCAGACAUCAAACCGCUUCUGACGACACAGCAAGAUAUGAACAUGCCAUACAAAACGGCGCCUUUCCAACAGGAAGAAGAACCUCAACACUCAAUACCUGCUGCUGCGGAUCCUUCCAGAUCGUCCAAUCCUCCAGAGCUACCUACCCCUGUUUCUUUGGCCGCGGUCAUGCAUCAAAGCAAUCAAUCAAGUGUCAAUGGAUCCCAUAGUCAUGGUGGAUUACGAUCUGACCCUCCGAAAAGAUUGUAUGAAGUGGACGAGAUAAGACAGGUAGCACCUUCGUUAAACGAGCUUACGGCUGAACCCAACUCUACCCAAUUGCUCCUGCAAGGCGAUCCAAUCUUCUCCGACAAGUCCCGCGUAGAAACAGCCAUUCGAGUGAUCAUUGACCUCUUACGAUUCUGUCCCAUCCCUUCGCCCCUCCCGCCCAUCCACCCAUCUCUGCACCCUCUCAUACCGCGAGAUACGAAUGGAAACUUCUGCAUGUCUCUGGAACGGAUCACAACUCUCCAGGGAUUGAAAUUACAAGCUGGUACUACUACCAAGGCUAGCUCGAAGAAACAACUGCAAGCUGGCCCAAUAUCCAGGGAGCAUCUGGCUUACAUAGAAACAGCGGUAUACAUGAGUGGUGACAGCGGAAAACGAGUCUAUGUCUGUAAGAGGUGUAGAAAUCGAGAAGCCAAGAGAAGAGCUUCCAAAGAAGUUACAAGGAAAAGACAAACUAAUUCUGAUUCCGAUACUUCAUCAUCCAGACCCAAGAUGAGACACUCAAUUGCCCCUCCCUCACAAGAUUUUAUCACGGGUGAGAAUCCAGAUCAAUAUGAUACUCAUAGAAACGGUCAAAUCGUAGAGGAACCUCCCUGGGAUCCAGAACACAGAGACUGGAGGCAUGAGAUAGUACUUUUCAAUUCGCCUCCGGAGGUGAAAAUGGAAGAUGGGAGUUGUAAUUGGUUACCUUUCAGAGUUGUCUGUUAUGGAAAAUGUCACGGGGAGAAAGUGGGAUUCAAAAUCAAAUUCACCCUUCGUACAUGGGAUGGAAGGAUAAUCGCUACUUCCACCACCAAGCCUAUCCGAAUCACCGACGACCAUAAAACCGAGCCAAAGACUAAAACCAAGAUUGACGGGUUUACGUCCGCUCAAGCUCAGCCUGCUGUACCGAGAGCGAGAAAGGGUCGUCAAAGUACAGCUUCUUCACGUCGUCAAUCGCCCGCACCUUCCGAGAGUGAGAGCGUGCAGUCAUUCUCUGAAGCUGGAGCGGUCCUGCAAAAGCAAACUCCUUCUGUAAGAGGGGCCAAGCCAUACGAGAGACCCCCUUCACAAUCUCCCGCUAUUACCACAGUCCCAAUGGACUCGUUCGGCGCAAAUGACUUUCAAAGACACAACUCGACGGCUUCUAUUCAAUCGAUUCCCCAGCAAGACGUCAUCUUGCAACAACCUGCACCACAACAACAGCCUCACAUGGACUUCACACUUCAGCAACAGCUUACCAAUACUGUAAGUCCUGGUAUACUGAGAGGUCCUCAAUUCCCUCACAAUCACAUGAACUUGGUCAACGGUCAUCAAGCAAAUGGGCAAGCCUCCAUAAACUCCUCGAACCUCACCAGUCCUUCUUCGUCCCAGAUGAUGUCGUUUACUGGACACGAUAACAUGCUUUUCGCCAACUCGCUACAAUCACCCAACAGCUUCAUGUCGUCACUGAGCAAUAAUGGACAACAAUCCCAGAGCAUGCAAAACUCCAUGCUGUUCAAUCAUGACAAUACAGACGUUGAGAUGUCAAGUGCGAUGACUGGUGGAUUAGAUGAUAUCUUCACCGCCUCCAGCCACACUUCGAUAUCCUCCAUGAGCGAUGGUGGAUCCGUCUACUCGACGUAUGCAGAGGAUAGAUCUUCCGGGAUGUUCAGUGAUAGCGGCAUACCCCCUACAUCGACGAACGAUCUUGAUCAAUUUCUCGAUUAUACUGGUGGAGAUCACCAAGACGUUUUUAACCCCUUUCAACAACCAGAUCCGGCAAUGUUUAACACCGACUUAUCACCGCCUCCCGGAACGAAUAUUCCACCUCUGCCAUUCGAUGCGUUACAUCUUUCACCCUCGGCGAAUAGAAACGAUUUGUCGCCUGCUGCUCGUGCCGAACAAGAUCAGUCGUUGACAAAUAUGUUGGCUGUCAUUGGACAAUUCAUGCCGCCAGUCCCACAAGCUCAAAUCACUGACGUUAUACCCGGAGAAGGACCCACAGCGGGUGGUAAAACUAUCGCUAUUGCUGGUGAAAACUUCUCUCCUGGCAUGGUCGUGCUUUUCGGUCAAAGACCCGCUCAUACACAGCUUGUCAACAAUAGUUUUGUCAAAUGUAUUCUACCUCCUUCUAGUCUCCCCGGACCAGUGGAAGUCAGCAUUCAAGGUGCUAUCAAGUUAUCUGGACAAGCGACACAGAUAUUCACGUAUACCGAAAUGGACAAGGAUCUAAUGAGACUUGCUCUGGAGAUACAAAAGAAGUUCAGUGGUUCUUCCAGCGAUCCGGCUUAUCGAAUCGCUCACGGUGUCGUAAAUCGGUCGGCUACAAACAGCGAAUGGAGCGAGAGAUCAAGUUCCAAUUCACCAAUGUCUGGUCCUUCACCAAACGAUUCUGCGGAGCCAAAUGAAGAUGAUGACCAUUCUGAUUCUACCAAUGGGAGCAAAUCAUCUUCCGGAAACCUCCAGUCUACUGUCAUCAGUUUCCUUGCUUCGUUGGAUGAGAAUGCCCCUGGUUCAUUACGGGCUAGUGGAGCUAUAAAUCACCGCAACGACGCUCAACAGACGUUACUCCAUAUCGCGACCGUCAUGGGAUUCCAUCGGUUGGUGCGAAGGUUGAUCGUCGUUGGUGCUCAUCUCGAUCUACAAGACACAAACGGUUUUACUCCAUUGGCAUUUGCAGCUCUAUGCGGACGACAUACAUGUGCUCGAGUCUUAGUUGAAGCCGGGGCAUCUUAUGAUCGACCUACUUCAUAUGGAGAAAUGCCCUUGGACCUUGCGAAACUUGCGGAUCAUGAGAAAGUCGAAGCUUUAUUGUUAUCUGCUGUAUGGUCGACAUCAUCUGAAGCCAAGGUCGGUGCGGCACAAGACGCCGAAUUAGCCUCUACCGGGUCUUACGAUUCAAGCAGUGUCAGUGAGAUUGACAACGAUAACCCGUCUUCUGGAUCCGAGGUCGAUGACGAAUUGGAAUACUUUGAAAAACUACGAUUGUCUCGAAGAAGAAGCAGGAGGAGCAGGGCGACCAAAGGAAAAGGCAAACAACGUUCCCUGUCCAAAUCUGAUCGUGAAAGGAAAUCCCCGAAAUCAACUAGAAGACCUUCGCUUACUUCAACUUCUACGAUCAAGGAGAUACAACCACCCGUUAAUCUACCUAUACGUGAUGAUCCACCACCUUACGCACCGUCAGAAAGCGAUGAAUCAUCCUGGAUGUCGAGAACCUUAUCAACCAUUCAUCAUCCUCAUAAAAUCCCUUAUGCAGUAUGGGAUCGAUUACCUAUACCCCACAUUUUUGGUCCGGACAAACCUUCCACUGUUGGCGAAGAUCAGCAUCAUGGUUGGGUCGCUUUCCCUGCCCCUUCAUGGGAGACCAUAUCUAAAAUGACCAGUCCGGAAGAAGUGAAAUUAUUCACACAAGCAAUGGCUGCGGCAGCAUUCAAUGCGGUAGUCCAAUCUGGUAUGACAACAAGUGAUGUCGUAAGUUCGAGUGAAACUCGGAUGACGUUUGCAGAAGAGGGAUUGAGGAAAUUCAGAAAAGCAAGAAGGUCCAAUGGGACUGGAAAAGAUGGAAAACGAAGUGGAAGUGUCAGUCCAAGUGAGAAGGUAGUCAAACAUGUCAAGCGUGACCGAAUGUUGUACCUGUUCUGGUUACCUAUUUUACUUUUUGUAGGAUUUUGGUUAUUGGUUUCCGCUUUACCUUUGGCGACGGGUUUCUGUCUCAUAUACGCUAGACAGAUCACCAAAGCAAUCAAACAGCGCCUGUGA